AUGUCUACUCCAAGUCUGACAAAUGCCCAGCAAGUUAGAGAUUUUGUCGAGACAAAACACGACAAGCCAUAUGAUGCCAUUAACCCGAGGAAGGCAAAACUGCCAGAGGGCUUUGUCGUGUGCAUAAUCGGCGCUGGAGGAGCUGCAGGUUCCGGACUGGCAAGGUCUUUUGCUCAAGCCGGUGUUGCGGGCAUGAUCAUUGCUGCUCGAUCGCAAAAGACUUUGGAGGCAACAGCCACGGAGAUCGGCGAUAUUAAUGCAUUGAUCAAGGUUACCUCUGUGGUGUGCGACAUCACCUCCAAUGAGAGCGUAGCCAAUAUUGCUUCAACUGUCAAGAGCCAGUUCAACGGGAGAUUGGAUGCCGUGUUCGUCAACUGCGGGUUCUCGGGUCCUCUUUCAAAGGCUACAGUUCUUGAAGAAGACUUUGAGGACGUACAAAAGGCCUUCGCCACACACUGCCUAGGUACAUGGCUGCUACAGCUAGCUUUGCAGUACUCUCGCAUAUCCAGGUCUAUUUGGUUCAUAAUUAGCGUGCGAGUCAGGGCUGGUGGCUUGCAAAAAGCCUAUGGAGCGCACUACAUUUUUCAUGUUCUUUUAACUAUUGAGAUAAUGAUUCUACAGCGAAAACUAUCUACAGAAUCAAGGUAUUUGACUCUCUGCAUUCGCUGCCUCCUCCUGGAACCCCUCAUGGCUCGAGCCGCAAUUACAAAUACUCUCCAAAUGAUUGAAUUAACACGGUGGCACCCUUUGGGAUGGUGUAGUCACGACCAGAAAGCACAUACAUCAGUCGGGUUGCUUUGCUGA